CCAUCCCGUCUCGCUCAGGGUCGCAGUUGUCCUCGGAGUUGCCUGAUCGGAAAGUCCCGACGGCAAGGCGUUACCUUCGGGGCACCUAGCUCCCCUGGCCAUCAGGGAUGAAGGCAAGGCCCCAGGGCGGGUCGUCUUUCCUUGGAAGUGGGUACUCAGUUCUGAAGCGUUUCCCCCUCGGUGGCCCUGAGCUGGCAGUUCUGGCGGUGGCUGCUGGGCCCUGCGGUGCGCCGGUCGCAUGCAGCUCCUAUGAGGCCCCUGUCGCCGGUCGGCGAUGUCCGGCUGGACCUGUCGCCGCCGCCGCUGCCGCUGCCGGCUGUGAGCGGGUCUCCGGUCGUGUCGUCCGGGCGUCUCAUGGCCGCUAGCAGCUCUCUGGUGCCUGACCGGCUGCGCCUGCCGCUCUGCUUCCUCGGCGUCUUUGUCUGCUAUUUCUACUAUGGGAUCCUGCAGGAAAAGAUAACAAGAGGAAAGUAUGGGGAGGGAGCCAAGCAGGAGACGUUCACUUUUGCCUUAACUUUGGUCUUCAUCCAGUGUGUGAUCAAUGCAGUGUUUGCCAAGAUCUUGAUCCAGUUUUUUGACACUGCCAGGGUGGAUCGUACUCGGAGCUGGCUCUAUGCUGCCUGUUCUGUCUCCUAUUUGGGUGCCAUGGUCUCCAGCAACUCAGCACUACAGUUUGUCAACUACCCAACCCAGGUCCUUGGUAAAUCCUGCAAGCCAAUCCCAGUCAUGCUCCUUGGAGUGACCCUUUUGAGGAAGAAGUACCCAAUGGCCAAGUACCUGUGUGUGUUGCUAAUUGUGGCCGGAGUGGCCCUUUUCAUGUACAAACCCAAGAAAGUAGUUGGGACAGAAGAACACACAGUUGGCUAUGGAGAGCUGCUCCUGCUCUUAUCUCUCACCCUGGAUGGACUGACAGGCGUUUCCCAGGACCAUAUGCGGGCUCACUACCAAACAGGCUCCAACCACAUGAUGUUGAACAUCAACCUUUGGUCGACAUUGAUGCUGGGAGCUGGAAUCCUAUUCACUGGGGAGCUCUGGGAGUUCUUGAGCUUUGCCGAAAGGUACCCUACCGUCAUCUAUAACAUCCUGCUCUUUGGCCUGACCAGUGCCCUGGGCCAGAGCUUCAUCUUCAUGACAGUUGUGUAUUUUGGUCCCCUGACCUGCUCCAUCAUCACCACGACUCGAAAGUUCUUCACCAUUUUGGCCUCUGUGAUCCUCUUCGCCAACCCUAUCAGCCCCAUGCAGUGGGUGGGCACUGUGCUCGUGUUCUUGGGUCUAGGUCUUGAUGCCAAGUUUGGGAAAGGAGCCAAGAAGACAUCCCACUAGGAAGAGGGACUACCUCCACUCCAAGGAUAUUUAAGUUAUUAUCGUGAACAGUGACAUCUCUUGGGAACAUGGACACGCUAGAGAUAUAGGACUAGGUUUCAGUCUGGGGUUUUUGUUUGUUUGUUUUUUGUUUUUUAAAGGAAACAGAAUCCCAUAUUCUAAAAAAAUGCAUUUGGAUUUUGAUAAGACAGAGUUGGCAGCUUCUGUUCUUGAUGACCUGGAGCACAGCCUGGGGCAAAUAAAGAGAAAAAGGGAGAAGGAAGAGGCGGGGCUUGGUGCUCACUGCCCAGGCUGCUCCCCCGUGCGUGUGGUUAACCUGGUUGGGUGGCCAGUUCCCCCAGGAGCCUAAGUAUUAUAGGGAGGAACUUUUACAGAUUGUAUAGUUGUGCUUGUGGCCUCUGUUCCUGUAGACAAAGGUCUAAAUAUGCCCGGACAGGUAGCUGUCUGGUAGAGCCAGAGAAUGUAAAAAUCAGUUUAUCUCUUAAAGCUCUGGUGGGCAGAUUCUUCUUUUAAAAACUACAGAUACUUUCUGUCCUCAAGAAACUUCUCUUGAGGUUGGGAUAAAAUGAGCCCAGAGCCUCAGAGUCUGCUGCAUCUCACAUUUCUCCGCUGCCUUCCCUUCAGCCAAAGCUCAACCAAGACCAGAGCGGAGACCCAGUGUGUAGGCCAUGAACAGCUUUGGAAGGUCUGAUUCCCUCCCUCCAUCUCCGCGUCUGUCCUGUGUCCUACCAGUCCCCUCCUGGGGCAGCUGGAUUAAUCCUUCCUAUUCCCCUGCCCCUUUCAGCUGCUAAAGCAUUGCAGACCGCCGCCAUCCUGGCUGUGCCAAGGUGUCACCAUGCCAGCUUCUGCCUGUUGAAAGGGAUGCUGCUGGCGGAAGGCACAGUGGCUGAGUCCUGGCAGACAGUCGCUGUCGAGUUUUCUGGGUGGCAACGAGGGGAGAAGGCGGAGCAUGGAGCUGAGCCACCUGCCCACUGCUGCCUUCAGAGCUGGAAAUCACAAUCCUCUACGGACCAAACUUUACACAUGAAAGUGCAUUUCCACCAGCUGCAACUUUCACUCCAUCUGUUCAGCAGCCCCAGCCCCUUGGCUCUCCAGAUGGGAGCCCAGCCUCCUUCCUGCGCGGCUGCCCUCCCACCCCCCGCCCAUCCUUUCAAGCCCUGCCUCACUCGCACUCAUCUCAGUCCCUAGGGGCCCGGGUGUCCCUGCGGCUCUGCCCCCGAAGGCCCCCCUCAUUUUGAACUCCUGCUUGAGAGAAGAGGUUUGAAAUACAUCUGGCUGAACUUCCUUCCUUUCUCCACCUCUUUUCCCUCUCUGUUUUUCUCCUCCUGAAGGUUGUAUCAGUUAGUCCUUCCCUACUGGACUGAUAGUUCUUCCAAACUGUCUUCUGGGGAUUGGUUAGGUGGUCAGAGCGUGUUACUGGGACCGGGGGCCCACAAGCAGUCCUCACCUGGACCAGUUGUUUUAACAAGAGACAUUUCCCUGGCCAGUCCUCUCCCCCUGUCCCCUCUACCAUUCCCAACGCGGAAUCUCAGGUGUGCCUCAUACUAAUCCAGUGCAAGAAGGAUUUCCAACAGCUCAGCAUGGCUCUCACCUGACAUCAGAGCAGGCCUGUCCUAUCCUUGCUGAGCCAGGAGCCCCAGUUCUGGUAUAUUCACCCAGUCCCUUGUCCAUUCAUCAAACACUUCCUUCUGUGUGCCACAUCCUGUGAACACACUGGGAGUUUAGAAUGGAGUAGGACCACUACUCACUCUCUCGGAGCUUCAUAAUCUCAUAGGGAGAUGGGGAGAUAAAUCAUUGCAUCUCAGAAAUGCAGGGCUAACUACGAAGGAAGGUGUCUGGGCAAGGCGAGGCUUGAGCUGGGGAGUGUGGGGAGAUGAAAGGAAGAGGAAAUGGAGCUUUGGCUCCAGUGCCAAGUGGGAAGUGGGGUUUAAAACGGCCUGGCUUCUCCCUGUGCUCCUGCCUCUAAUCAGUUCAAGUGAGAGCACAGGGGCAGGUGAGCGGCUCUGCAGUGAGGUGUCGUUCAGCUCAAUUGGAAGAUAUUUUAAAACGUUGUGUAAGCUGCCAGCCCGUGCGGGGUGGCGUGCUUACCGACAGGAUCACAGGAACUGAGAGAGCCAAGUUACACUGAAGUCGGUAACACGCCGCUAGGUUAUAAUGGUACCGAUAAACGUGAAAUACCAGACAA